AUGGCGGCUGAGUCCCUUUGGAAAGUGCGACCUGCCGCCCGAAAGUUUAAAACAGACCCGGAUACAUUGAUUCCGGCGGUUCGGCAUCCAUUAGAUGAUAGCGAGAAUAGAAGCAAAUUGUCAGCGUUUUGGACGUCGAGGAGUGCAAGAACGGGACGAAAAGAAGAAAAUGAAGAGGAAAAAUACACUUUUGAAGACCCACUAGGUAAGAUUUUCAAUGUGUCAGUGAUAAAUGAAAAACCUCGCUAAUAAGCUCAGGCGCCACAAUCGGAGACUCUGAAAUCGAAGAAAACGUAGAUCGGGACGUGCUUCAGCCGACCGUCAAGCCUCGGAGCAUAUCCCUGGACAAUACACUCGAAAAUCGGAAAUCCGAUCGUUCCACUUUCGACAUCGAACUGCCGGACUUUCAGCCGUGGCGAGAAAAACGCGCACAAAUUGCGUCGAUUGCGAAACCAAAAGAGUUUGGAAUGUCGCAGAUUGAUAUGCUGAGGGCGCGACUGAAGUUGUUGGCCGACGAGAAGAAUCUGAGGAGUUUGAAGAAGGCCGGAGACGUUUCACAGAAGUUUCUAAUGCUCAGAGAGAACAUGAUCAGCGCGUGGGGAAGGGAGGAUCGAGUGGAAGCGUUUAAGGUCCCUCAAGAGCCAAGGAACGUUAAAAAUUUUCAUUGUUUUACAGAUUGUUACAGAAUCCGCGCAUCUUCUGCAGUCGAUUCCACCGUAUUCGGAAGAGUAUCCCUACUAUUGGCUUCUGGCGAUCGACGUCGUUGACACCUUCGGAAAACUUGUCUUUGAUCGACUUUUGAUCAAAUCCAAUGAAGUUUGACCCAUUCUUAGUCGUCAUUCAUCCCAAAUCAGUAUUUUCAGGCCCGAAACAAAAUGGGACAGACUGAUCUCUCAGCCAAUUUCACCGUGGAACAAGUGCCAAAGUCCGUGAAGGAUAUGGCGAUGAAUUGGUUUCUGAAGCUGUCGGAAAUCAUUGAUAUUCCCGUGAGAUUCUAUAGUAAGCUUUAUUUUCAAAUUUAUGUGAUUACCUUUCAAAAAUAAAUUAAUUUCAGUUGAGUGCUCGAUGAUUAUCUGCUUGAAAUUCUUCGACGAAUCCAAUUUGCCAAUCAACUUGGAGAGACUCGCACUGAUGUGUUCUCGUGAGUUCCAACAUCAAAUCUCUUCUUUGUCACCAAUUCUUCUUCAGAGUUUCCGGACGACCUCUCCUCGAUCUUCGCGCGCGUGCACAUUUCCCGCUACAGUAUGCUCAUCCAGCCGCUCAACCGAACCCCCCAUUGGCGUGUUCUUCACGACUGGAUGCAGGCUCCGAAAGACAUUAUGGAGGACACGCAUCGGAAGAAGACGACGGCGGCGGAAGAACGAAAACAGGCGGUCUCUAUCCAAGCGAUCGCGUGGCUUGUGCAGUGCGUGGCUCAUGGAGCACACACCGUCGAAGACCUCGUUCCGUUGUUCGCAUACUGUAGGAAGACGUUGCCGCUCGACGAGAAGACGUUCAUCCUGGUGGCGGCGGUGAUCGAGGGCCUGCCUUCGAAGUAUCUCGCCGUGCACGCCGAGCAGAUCCUCGACAUCGUUUUCGCUCUUCACGAAGACUUUGAAGAGCCGUUAGCUCGGCUCGGAAGGCGUUACACUACAGUUCCUCCGAUCGAGGAGAAUCGGAAGUUCGUGAAAAGGUAGAAAAGCAUUGAAAAUAUCGAAAAGAAAAACUUGUUCAGAUCGGUUUGGAUGCGAGUCGCCGACAUUUCAGAUUUCCAGACAUUUGUGGAUUGUUGUACAUCUUGGACAGCGUACAUUGCAAAAUAUUAUUCUGUUAAAGAUGUGAGAAAGAUUCUGGACUUGGUGUUAGUUCGGUUGACAGUCGAUGAGAAAACGAGGAAACCCGAAAACACGUCGAUCCUCGUCGAUCUGCUCUCCUCGUUCAUCGAGCACGUGCCCGAGAACUCCGCGUGUCUCUCCGUCGCCACUUCCGCCGACUUUAUCUCGAUCGUCGAUAUCAUCGGUCACGACAUCGAAUCGACGUCCCAGUGCUCGAGAAGAAUCUUGGAAAUUUUGACGAAACGAUUCGAAAGAGCUCGAUUUCGGACAUGGACGCCUGUCAAAUGAUCAUUGAAAAGUGCCGAACAAUGUGCAGAAAGUACGGAUUGGAGGAGAGCGAAGAAGUGAAAAUCGUAGAGCAACUCGUAUGCUCUUCCUAUUCGCUCAUCGAUUUCCAUUCGAUUUCCGACAGAAAUCAAAGUGUCGAGCUGAUAGUUCGUUGCCGAGAAGACAUGGGAUUACGGCAGAAUGUGCUAAUUGUAGGCGAAUAGUUUUUUUUUCAAAGUAAUCACCUCAUUUUCCAGCACAUCAUCACAUUUCUAUUCGAUUUUACUCAAUUCACGCACGCCACAAUGAAGAGCGGGAAGAGGAAAGCGGACUUCAUGAGAGUUUGCAUCACGAAUCUGGCGCUGACGAUCCCGGCCGUCCGAGAUGUGCCCAGAAGGAUUCGGAUGACAGGGCUGAACAUUCAGAUGGCCCAACUCGCCAACUUUCUGCCGCAGAUCGAAGUCUCGUGCGAGCGAGUCAUCGAGUACCUGGAAGUGCUCUCCGCCUCUCCCUGCUCCAUCAUCUCGCCACUCAUCGGACAGUUCCUCCCGAUUCUCUGCAUUAUUCCGGAAGGCUUCAACCCGGAAAAGCCGUCUUUGACCCACUUUUCCAAACUUUUAGCUCUGGUCGAAAGGAACCACGAAAGCUGGUCGAAAGAGUCCAGGGGCGUGCCACUCGCCGAGAUCUACAUCAACAUGCUUCGAUAUCUGUGCGCCGCGCGACAAGUGGAUCCGCUCAGAUCAUCGGGUUGCCAGGAGAUGCACGCGGGAGAUCAAGAUCAUUUGUGAGACUUCCGAUUCCGUACUCUGACGACUGACGUUUCUGCAGGUCGCGAGUGGAUGCCAACAUCUCCGACGUCAUCGCCAAACUCUUCUCGCUGGCCGCCGAACCGUCGAUCGCUGUUAUCGCGCUUGAGAACGUCGUCAUGCUGUUUGAGAUUCAUGAAGAGGUGGGUCGAAUUCAGAAGCUUUCCAACUUGAACUCUUUGCAGAUGCGCUCCACCAUUCGCGGUCUUCUGAAGCGGUCCGUCGGCGCGUCGGCCAAACUGCAAUCCCGUCUCGACGUCAUCAUCCAGGACCUGCGCGAGGAGGCGGAAACGGAUCAAAACGUCCGAGAUAUCCUCCAACGAUUAUCACUUUUGUAG